AUGUCCAGACGAUCGGCUGCCAGGGUCGACGCCCGAGGGGUGGGCAGCAAGUACCCAGGGCGUCAGGUUAACGCGGGCCCUGUUGACUUCGCCCGGGAUGUGGGCCUGGUCGAACCCGCCAGGGGGCCCCUAGGCGGGCUGCUGCCAAGCAACUCUGGGGGGGAGGGAUGGGGGAGAUGGAGGGAACACGUUACAACACCCCCUGGAUGCACGUUCGAUACCCAUCCCCGAACCAAAUGUUUGUCAAUUUCACGGAUUCGUAUUGAUGUCGAGGAGCCCGGCGGCCUUUUCUCACUCCGCCCUCUCAGCGAUAUCUUGCAUCCCUGGGCGAUGAAGGUGCAAUCUUGCCGUGCGAACAACCCGGCCCUAGGAGCCAUGCUGCCGGGAACGAUGCCCCCCCGGUUGCAGGUCAUAAACAUGGGACAGCAAAAUUGGUGUCGAACCCCUCUUCGGCAAUUCCAACAACAAAAACAGCAGCGUGAAUGGUACGCUGUCAGGCUGUUCAGUUCGUCGCACCUGAACCGCAUUGAAGACGGCAUGCAAAGCACCCUCGCUUCUCCCCGAGGACCCAGCGAGCCGGACCGUGUUGAUCCUUGCGGGUGGCUUCAGCGACCCAUCCACUUGGGUUCGCCAUCGGCUGAAUGCACGUUCCGGGGUUCUCCACUCACAACGGCGCCUAGCUUGUCCGAAAACGGUGUAUGGUGCCCGUGCACGCGACCGACAGAAGCCGGGGCGGGCGGCGAGGGCUUGAGACCGUCAUCCUGA